GUAUCGGCCAAUGGAAGUCCGUGAAGAUCAAGAAAGUGAAAGUGAACAAAGACAAAGCCGCCACGGAACAAGGGGAGAGGAUUAAGACGCUCACACAAUUGGGACACUCCAGUGCACCAGCACGCGGGAAAUGGGAACCCAACGUCACCACAACGGAGCUAGAGUUUAUCAUAAUGCAAACGGUGGACACUGUAUGA